CUCUCAGAGACGGGAAUGGCGGAAUAUGGCAGCAUUCUCACCCCGGCGGCGCUCGGCCUGAACGCCGGACACUCGCCCGGACCCAAAGUAGAAGCUUUCGCGGACGCGCUGCAGAGGGCGCGGCAGAUUGCUGCUAAAAUAGAUGCUGGUUCACACCUGAACAAUUCUACUCCUGUGGUAGAUCCUGCAGUCUACGGCUAUGGGACUCAGAAACGAACACUCGAUGAUGGGGUAGUGAACCAGCUUGGGGGAAUGGUGCAUCAAAGGACUAUAAUGUCUGAAGAGUAUAAAGUGCCUGAUAAAAUGGUUGGAUUUAUAAUUGGCAGGGGAGGAGAACAGAUAUCUCGGAUACAGAUGGAAUCUGGUUGCAAAAUUCAGAUUGCACCUGAUAGUGGAGGUCUCCCAGAACGGUCCUGCACGUUGACAGGUUCACCAGAGAGCAUAGAAGAAGCAAAAAGACUCCUAGGGCAGAUUGUGGAUCGGUGUCGGAACGGACCUGGCUUUCACAAUGAUAUUGAUAGUUCCAAUAGUGCUAUACAGGAAAUCCAAAUCCCGGCCAGCAAAGUUGGGCUUGUCAUUGGCAAAGGAGGGGAAACCAUUAAACAACUGCAGGAGAGAACUGGUGUAAAAAUGAUAAUGAUUCAGGAUGGACCACUCCCCACAGGUGCUGACAAACCACUGAGGAUUACAGGAGAUCCUUACAAAGUACAGCAAGCGAAAGAGAUGGUCAUGGAAAUAAUCAGAGAUAAAGAUCAAGGUGAUUUCAGGCGGAAUGACUAUGGUUCCAGAAUUGGAGGAAAUAGUAUAGAUGUUGCUGUGCCUAGGUUUGCUGUUGGUAUUGUAAUAGGAAGAAAUGGUGAAAUGAUAAAAAAGAUUCAAAAUGAUGCUGGUGUUAGAAUUCAGUUUAAACCAGAUGAUGGUAUAAUGACAGACAGAAUUGCUCAGGUGAUGGGACCUCCAGAUAGGUGUCAACAUGCUUCUCAUAUGAUUAAUGAACUUAUUCAUACUGCGCAGGAAAGAGAUGGUCAGUCUGGAUUUGGCGGUCCUGGAAGAGGACGGGGUAGGGGUCGUAGUGACUGGAAUAUGGGACCUCCAGGCGGCAUGCAAGAGAUAACAUAUACAAUACCCGCUGAUAAAUGUGGCUUAGUUAUUGGAAGAGGGGGAGAGACGAUCAAAAGCAUCAACCAGCAAACAGGAGCACAUGUAGAACUACAGAGAAAUCCACCACCAAAUUCUGAUCCUAAUAUUCGAAUAUUCAUUAUCCGUGGAGCUCUACAACAGAUUGAGCAUGCUAGACAAUUAAUAGAAGAAAAAAUCAAUGGGGGUCCAGGACCUGGUGGCCCUGGAGGGUUUAACACAAGCCCUUAUAGUCAAGGACCACCUGGACAUCAUCAAAAUGGCCCACCGCAAGCUUUUAUGACACAGGGAUGGGGAAGUACGUACCAACCUUGGCAGCAACAAGGACAGCAGGAUCCAAGUAAAGCUGCACAGCAUUUGGGUACAGCAGCCUGGUCAGCUUACAUCUCCCAGUUUUACCAGCAGCCUAACCAACAACAGCAAGCAACAAUGGGACAGAACUCGCAACAAAAUUCAGAUCAGAAUGGUGGCCAAACUGGUCAGAUGGAUUAUUCCAAAGCCUGGGAGGAUUACUACAAAAUACUUGCUCAGGCCACAGGAACUGCUCAAGGGACUCCACAGCAGAGCUCACAACCUGACUACAGUGCAGCCUGGGCAGAGUAUUACCGACAGCAAGCAGCGUACUAUGGACAAGCCACACAACAAGGGCAGGCCCCUGGUCAUCAGCUUUCCCUUAAGACCAUCCAAGCUAGUAGACUCAGCGACUCCUUGCGGUAUCGAGUUCCACAUUCUGGCCAUUUUUAGGAUCAAUAAUUUGAUGUCCUUGUGAAGACAUUCGAAUCAUUAUGGGUGUGGAGCCUUUUUUAAUAAAAGGUUAAAAAGAUUUAUGACGCCUUGAAGAAAAACUUAUACUUUUGUUUCUGAACACUAGAAAAAAUACUUAUUAUGAUAACUUUCUAGAUUUACCAUUAAUGGAAUAAUAGUGAAGUUGAGGGGUGCAGAUGUUGUGACUGAACACUCGGGGACCCUUAAACCGAUACCAUGGUUUGGACAGGCUAAAAUGCGAAUGGUGGUUUGUUCUGUUUUUUUUAAUUUUUUUUAAGAAGAUUACUCUCCUACAUCAUCAGCACUACAGGAUAAGUUUUUAAAGUAUAAUAGUAGUGUGGAUGUGGGGGUUCAAAGACGGUGCAUUGUUGAACUAUAUACAUCCCAAUGAUAGAUGGGUAGGAAUACUGGUGCUGGUACUGCAUAUCCUGAUGCUCGUUAAUGGCAGCAUACGAGUCCCAGGUAUCGGUCUGGGGUUUUGUACAGCACAGACCGAAAGGUACUAACGACCACAGUAUAUAUAUAAUAUAUAUUAUAUAUAUAUAUAUAAAAUAUGUCUCACUUUUGUGAAACUGUGCCUCCAUCCCUAUGUGAGUGGGCACUAAAUACAAAAACUGUGUUGGACUGGUAAAUUUUUGUACUGGUCCAUUAAUUCUACUGUGUGGGGAGGGAGGGGGAAAGAAGAAAAAAGAAGUUAGCACAACAGAAACUUCUUUUUAUAAGGAGUUGAAAAUGAGAACUGUGAAUAAUAAUUUAAUACUUUUUUCCAAAAUACAUGUUUUAUGUAGGUGACUGUCAGCAAAGAUGAGGAUUUAAAAAAUGUAUUUAAAAAAAAAGACAAAAAAAACUAGGCACAUUUUGUAAUUGAAUGAAAAUUGAACAGCAGCAGGGUGCACAUCUGUACGUGGAUGUAAUGGAAGAACACCACCAUUCGCACUAUAGUCUGCCUGCCACCCCCACUUCCCACCCCAAUCUCCCCUCAAAGUCCUGGACUGUAAGCAUGUCUGAGAGGAGCCUCCAAUUUGCUGAAGACUUGAUCAUACACUUCUUUUUAUGGCUGUCUAAUUGCACCUGUCUGUGUAAUUGCCUGACGCAAGGAGAUGAUACAAUUAAAUAAAAGUACAGGUUUUAUUUUUAGUAUGAAAAAAAAAUACAAAAAUGGUUGGUUGUGUUUGGUAUACACCGCUCUCAAAUUUGGACUCGGCAAAGUCUUCACGAGCCAUUCUAAUGACUAUUUUUUAAUUCUUAUUCUUACGUGGUGUGAUCUAAUAUGUAUGAUUAUGUUUAGCAAGUGAAUGAAUCCUAGUAUUAAUUACGUAUGUGGAAAAAAAAUUAAGUUGAUUUAAAAAAAAGGGAUGUUAUUAAGUUGAAGCUGUUUAACUUGUAGUAUUUGCCUUUGUACAGUUAACAGUGUAGAUAACCAGGGACUUUGGUUCUGUUUUUAAUGAGCUGAAGUUUACUGGACAUUCCGUUCAAAUUGUACUGAUUUUUUUUCUAUUAAUGCUCGAAAUGUCUAACUUUGGAAAGUGUGACUGGUUUAAAAAGAGAAAAAGAAACAGCUCUGCGCGGCAUGUUAAAGAGAUGUAUCCCUUUUAUUUUACUGACACUUGCAUUUUACAUUCUAUAAUAAAAUAUCCACAACAUUUCUUUGUGGAAAUUUGGCCUGAC